UAGUUAAGCCAGCGCUAUUUCAAAGCGGCACUCAGUUUUGGAAAAAUAUUCUCCUGACCCCUAAUAACCUGUAAUACGGUGUUAUUAGACUGUUUCCCUCAUUUGUGCAGACCACAGACCCUCUGAUGUCUGUCCCUGUGUUACAGAGGCAGAGUGGCUGUGCUGUGCUCUGUGCUGUGCUUGGUUUGGGGUUUAGAGAGACCGAGCUGUAAGUAGGUCGGGCUGGGCUUAAGCGGCUUAGCUACGUCAGCCUAAGCUGGGAGGAAUUCAUCCAAAGCCCUCCGCGGUAGGCGGGGGCCUAAACGAGGCUGGCCUAGUUAAGCCUGAUUCUUAUUGUGUGCAGCACAGCCUGUUUUUGUUGUGCAACGUAGCUGAGAGGGAACCAAGGAGUAGUGUAUGAAUCCAUGCACAUGUUAGACAUAGCUUAUGUUUGAUUUUAAGAAGAAGAAGUGAAGGAAAAUGAGAUAUGUGUGGGAGUUAGACCAGUGUUAGCUUUAUCACCGUGGAUCAAGAGAAGCCAGCAGCAGGGACAAAAAAAAAAAAAGACAGGUGGGAAGAGUGAGGAGCCUUAGUAUCAAGUGUGUUUACUGAGGGGUGACAGCCAUAGGCCUGACUUGGUCUGUGUGAGUCCGCUAUGCUAUAAGAUGGCGUCCAGCUCCGUGUUUCUGUCCAGUAUGGUGGGUAAAGCUCGCUCCUCCAACUUCACCCUCUCUGAGAAGCUGGACCUGUUGAAGCUGGUGCGUCCUCACAUCCGCAUCCUGGAGGAGCACACCAACAAGCAUGCGGUCAUCGUGGACAAAAACAAGUGCUGGGACACUGUGGCUGAGCAGUACAACGCCUUGGGAGGGGACAGACCCCAUCGCACCGCUCAGGGCCUCAGGACCCUCUACAAGAGGCUGAAGGAGUCAGCCAAGCAGGAAGUGAUGCAGCGGAGACACGCCCAGCCAGAGUACAGAGCGAGCAUCUCCGAGCCAACCAGGAGAAUUAUGGAGAUGAUCCCUCACCUGUUUCACCAUGUGCCGAUCCACGAAAAGGACCAGGCACUGCGCAGAUUAAUAUACAGCAAGCACAACUCUCCUAUCGAACAUCCUGGCAGCAGCUCCUCUCUGGCUGGAUUUCAGGAUUACUCAGCAGCUGUCCCAAGUAUCCCCCACGAGGUGGUCCAGCUGGACCCUGAAGAGGAUGUUAAACCACCACCAGACCUCCCCAUCCUCUCCGUACACACAGAGCCAGGGCUGGACGAAGGCCAGGAGCGGGAGGAGCAGGACUUGGGAAGCGUCCAUGAUUACGAAGCAUCUCUGUCUCCCACCCCAUCCUCCGUUAACAUCCCCCUCUCCACGUCGCCACUGCCCUUACGCCACGACCUCUACCCCAACGACAUCUACCCUCACCACGAGCCCGAGAGGUUUCGCCCUCUGCAUCUGGCCAAAGAGGAGCACGAGUUGGUGUUGGCCAAUCACAGGAAGGUUGCCAUGUACUUGGAGGAGAAGAGGGAGGGGCUGAAGAGGAAACAAGAACUGGAGGAGGAACUUCUGAGAGCCAAGAUAAAAGUGGAGAAACUAAGGGCUGCUCGACUCAGACACGGACUGCCAAUUCCUCUAUAACAAGCUUGAACAUGCACAUCUGGGGCCAGUGUUAGAAAGGGAGAGGCUCUGAGGAGUUUAAAGUGUGUAGCAAUCACACUCAUCCAUUUCAUGUUUGAGAGCUGUUUCAGAACUUGAAUCUCUUUUGGAAACAUAGUGCCUAGUAAAGACACUGAAAGCCUGGAUAAGGCUGACUUGUGUUGCCAUCAGUCUGUGUUUAUGCUUGUCAGUGUUAAAAAUGUUUCAUCAUUCUCUCACUUAUUGACAGAAGUGGCAACACAACUUGUAAAUGCUCACAUUACAAACACUGUGACAGGCCAAAGUAGGUAAAAUAAAUGUGAAAGUCGAGGUUUUGGAAGGGAAUGUAGUGAUGAAUGACGUGUACCAUGAUGGUGCUUUUCCUGCCUAGAUCCAUGAACAACAACAAUGUGUCUAUAGAAAUUUCAGCAUAGUGUUAAUGAUCUUUAUUGUCCAGUAUUGUUAGAGUAAAUAUUCUAACAGCAUUUACUGUAAUUAUAUACUGGAGGCUGCCUUCCUUGCAUUUCCUUGUAGCCCUUUUAGGCGACCAAAUUAUGGGUGCUUUUUCAAAAUUCUGUAGGUUACAAAUGAAUAAAGCAGCACUGCAAACCAACAGAGAUCCACUUUUUUAGACCUGAAAAGUCAGUUUCAGAUACCCAGAAUUGAAGCACAAGUUAAACUGUUGAAGGCCUUAAUAAUAAUGCAGAAGUGAGAAAUUCUCUCUGGUUGUUGAAUUAAUGUGAUCAAAAGAAGGGAGAUGUGGAAUUGAUUUUGUGAUGUUAUUGUUAUUUAAUGUACUGUAUGUGACUACAACAUUGAUUGUAUUGUAAUGUUGGUAAACAAGUGUUGUCAGUUUCUUUUACAGUUUGUUCAUAUGUUCACUUAUUUCUAUAAAAAAAGUAA